AAAAAAUCACUAAAAGAAGGAAAAUAUGAAAAUAUUUAACAAAUGGAAGAAAAGAGUUCAAUACGGUCGACAGCUUUUACCUAUUACUUAUAUGUUGUGAAUAAAAGAAUAAAAUAAUUUAUGCCAUAUUACAAUCGUCUAUUAGAAAAUAAUGUUCGUUCAGGAGUUGGUCUUUUAAAUAGGCCUCUCAAUAGGUUAUGUUCACUCACACAACAAACAAAUUAUAACAAGUCAACAUGUGCGGAAUCUUCUGUUACCUUGAGAACGGGGCAAAACAAGAACUCAAAGAAGGAUAUAAUUCUUCUGAAUGUAUCGAUGUGCAAGAUUGUUUUGCCAACAACGAACGACGAGGACCAGACAAUGUUCAUUCUGUUUUCAUCGGUAAAAAUAUAAGUGGUGAAUGGAACGCAGAAUUUCGAGGUUGGGUAUUAUGGACUCAAGGCUCCAGCAUGACAAGUCAACCCCUUCAGGAAGGAAUGGGAAAUAUUUUAUUAUGGAAUGGGGAUAUUUUCUCGGGUCCUCUUGCACAGAAUGUAGUCUCUGACACUGAAUAUCUUUACACAGCCAUCCAGCAAUCUGGAGACAUUGUUCAGACAUUUCGAUCAGUCGAGGGCCCAUACAGUUUUAUAUACUACGAUCAAUCAUCAAAAUUGUUAUAUUUUGGGAGAGAUAUCAUCGGUCGUCAUAGUUUAUUAAUAAAAAUUGUCCCCGAGAAGAGGCGUAUGUUAAUUUCUUCAGUUGCAAGUAAAAAUCUUGAUAAAUGGAUGGAAAUACCGUCUCUGGGAAUUUACGUAAUGGAUUUAAAAAGGGAUGAUUUUAAUCUGGCUUUAUUUCCUUGGAAGGAAAUCUUAGGAAUAGGCGAUAGCCUCAACAAGCAUCUAGGAAUAUAUAUAAAUAUUAAAAGUUGUAUUUUGUCAAUUGAAAAAAAUGAAAUCACUUCAGAACCACUUUCAGAAGAUUCUUCAUUCUUAACUCUAAAAUCCGCUGGGCAUAAUGUUCGAGAAAUAAUGAUGAAUUUUAUGGAAAAUUCAGACAUCGCUAAAAGGGUCGAUGAAGUAUUGAAACAUUUAAGAGAGUCUGUCAGAGUGAGAGUUGAAAAGAAACCUAAUUACUGCAAAAAUUGCAUUGAGUUGGCAUUGAGGGAGAAAACAGUAAAAUGUAUACAUUCAAAAAUUGGUUUGCUGUUUUCUGGGGGCCUCGACUCAACAAUUCUAGCUGCUAUUACUCAUGAUUUUGUACCGGAGGGGGAGAGCAUAGAUUUGAUAAAUGUGGCAUUUGAAAAGGCAGAGAAGGAGGCUAAAAAUUUUACUGGGAAGACGAGCCAAAGUGAGAUUCGGCAGAAACGGAAGCAAAUAAACUUUGAGGUGCCUGAUAGAAAGACUGGAAGGUUAGCCUGGGAGGAACUGAAGAGAAAUUAUCCAACUAGAAAGUGGAAUUUCAUUGAGAGUAAUGUAACUCAAGCAGAGCUAGAAAAAUGUCUCCAAACGAGAAUCUGCCAUCUUGUUUACCCCCUUCGAACAAUAUUAGACGAGAGUCUUGGCUGUGCCCUGUGGUUUGCAGCCAGAGGCUGUGGAACUUUAGUUAAUACGAAUGAAUCAUAUGAGUCUCCAUGCAGAAUCCUCCUUCUGGGAAUGGGAGCUGAUGAGCUCUUUGGUGGUUACACCAGGCACAGAACCAUCCUAAAACGCAGAGGAUGGGUUGGCCUGGCUGAAGAAUUGCAAACAGAAAUUAACAGAAUAUCGGAGAGAAACUUGGGGAGAGAUAAUCGAGUGGUGUCGGAUCACGGAAGACAAUCGAGGCUACCAUACUUGGAUAAUAAUUUCAUCAAAUAUGUAACGAGUCUCAAGCCUUGGGAAAGAUGCUGUCCCACUGAUCAUCUUCCCCCUGGUCUAGGUGAUAAACUACUUCUUCGUCUCUGCGCCUUCAAACUAGACCUUAAAGAGACGUCAAAUUUUCCAAAACGAGCCUUCCAAUUCGGCUCUCGAAUUGCUAAAAGCCAUGAAAAUGCAAGGGACAUAUCAAAGUGGCUUUCAUGAUUGGAAUCAAAGCAAUUUAAUAUUUCUGUACGGCCAGAUUGUCAAGACCUUUCCUCCUCCACUCAAUUUGUUUUUGUAACUUAUACUAUUGAAAUAUUUUCUAUUGAUGUCGAUUAAAUCCUUUCCACAAAAGUCUCAUAUUUUCUCAUUAUAUUUUUCGCUCAUUUUAUCAAGAUAUUUUAUCCUAACAUUGAAUAAUUUGAACUGAAUAAAUUCUAGACAACAUCUUAACAAUACUUUUUUCAUUGAAUUUUUUUUUUGUAGAAUAUGUCUUAUUGAAUAUUUUAAUAGAAUCAACUAAAAAUGAAUAGAAGAUUGAAUAGAGAGCCCAGAAGCAAUGUGUGGCCAAAUCACACCGAUUUCAGACAUAAAAAAUUAAUCAUUGAAAUGUUAACAGAUGAAGUAGUUGUCAGCAGAAAAAAAGAAUCGCAAAGAUAACUUGAUAAGAAAAAUAGGUAUUCGCGUUUUGUUCCUGACUUUAAAAUAUGAUAGGGUAAAAUGAAUAUUUUGCAGAGACAAACAUAAAGAUAAUGUGAUUAGCAUUGGCUCCACACAGACAAGACAACAACUUAACCCCAACCAAUGCCAAUUGCUUAUCAUCAAUAAACAGCUGCCAUUUAUGUCAGUGAUGGAUCACCCUCAAUCGAGAAUGGAUGAUUAUCUCCUCUCUGCGCUCUCCACUCUUGAAAGAAAACAAUCAACACUAGAAACUUGUGUUGACGUGUAUUAUAAAAGAGAUCGGCAUGUGUUUUUGAAUAGUGCGCCUAAAGGUUUGAAAAGAGAAUUCGAUGAAUUGUUCACGCCAGGAGCCAUUGAAUUUAUGGUGAACUUAAUGAUCGACUUCGAAGAAAGAAUUGAGAGAUUGUAUAGCGAAAGAUUACGGAGAAAGAGUGAGCUGAAAAACACACUCAGGGUGCUGAAGUUCCAGGCGGUGGAGGGGAAAGCGGAUUGGAAAGUCUCACCUGUUGGUAAUCGUUUGAAAAACAGGCAUAUAGAUCUGGGUGACGUGAGUCCCAGCAACAUAAUUCACUUGACCUCAGCCCUGCAAGCUGACGUCCAGGGAAUUCAAGUGGACUUUGACGAUGGACACUGUCCGACUUGGUUCAAUCAAAUUUUCGGUCUUCACAAUGUCGUGAAAGCCGUUGAAAAUCGUCUCCCCAAUGUACCCCCAAUCAGCCAAUCACCAAUUCUAGUUCUACGACCCCGAGCGUGGAACAUGAUCGAGGCGAACAUGAGUAUUAACGGGAGACAAGUACCAGGUCCAAUUUUCGAUUUUUCUCUUCUCAUCUACCACACAGGGAGAAUCCUUCAGACUACAGGCUCAGGUCCGGCCUUUUACCUAUCAAAAAUAGAAAGCUCCGAGGAGGCCGGCUUGUGGAAUGAAAUUUUCUCAUGGAGUGAAUUAAAAUUGAGACUUCCUCAUGCCUCUAUAAAGGCGUGUGUUUUAAUUGAAAAUAUUCUGGCUAGUUUCGAGAUGGAGAGAAUUCUUUACGAACUUCGGGAGCACUCAUUGGGGCUCAACUGCGGCAUCUGGGACUACGCAGCUUCGAUUAUUUCAAAAUUCGGAGAUGAUGAGUCGUUUCUACUUCCUGACAGAAAUAAAUACGUUGACAUGAGCAAAAGAUUCUUGAAGAAGUAUAUGGAUUUAGUUGUGAAAAUUUGUCAUCGGAGGGGGGCACAUGCUACUGGUGGAAUGGCAGCGAAAUUAUUGCCACAUCCUGAUGAUGACGAUUUUAGAAAUGUUGUUCGAGGAAUUUGCCAAGAUAAGUUAGAGGAGAUACACAACGGAGUCGAUGGAUUCAUGGUUUACGAUGUCAACUUAGUACAUUAUAUGAAGGAGUUGUGGAGAGAUCAUGGAGGACCCUUUCCAAAUCAGAUUUCAUUCUUGGGAAGCCCUGGGGCUAUCACCGAGGAUGACUUGCUGAGUUUACCGAGGGGUGGAGUGACUAUUAAAGGAUUGGAUCAUAAUCUUCGGGUUUCUAUAUUUUUUAUUUACAAUUGGUUGUGUGGGAGAGGGCAUUUCAUUCUGGGUGGUUCAGUUGAAGAUUCGGCUACAGCAGAAAUCUCUAGAUCUCAGAUUUGGCAGUGGAUUAGACAUCGAGCCCUACUGGAGGAGGGGGGUUUUGUCACGGUCCUGCUGGUGAAGAAUCGGGCAGACCAAAUUUUAAAAGACAUUUUGACUAAUUAUAAAGACGUCCCUGCAGAGGUGGAGAAAUUUCUUAUUGCUCAUGAUGUUCUUUUAGAUUUAGUUAAUAGAAAGGAGUUUCCGGAAUUUGUUACUUCGUUCAUUUAUGAUCAGUGGAUAUUUAAGAAGACUCAGAUGCGCUUAUGAAAACACACAUGAAAAUUCAUAUCAAAGUUAUUUUCCAUGAAAUAUCAAAUAAAGCAUUUUCAUAACUCAA